GGUCUGCAAUUUUCCCUUUCUGUGCUCGCUUUCACUUUGGUCUGUGGACCUUUUCAUUUCCUUUCACUUUGCUUCUUCAUCCAUCUUCCAUUGCUUUACAUUCUCAAUGCAACUAGAAACUGUUUACUUCACUUAUUAUAAUUUAUCGCGGGACAUAUAUGUUUUCACUUACCUUGGUUCUAUUUACUGGAAGCAUACUCUUUUGAAGCCAAUUCAUCAAAAGCUUUUUUCAGAAAGGAAAACUUUAAACGAACACACUCGAUAGUCAUGAGCACAAGAACUUAUCUGCAUCAUGAGAAGGUUGCUAAAUUAGGAUUGUAGGGACCAAAGAGCACCACCUGCUUUUAUAUUAUUAUUGACCUUUUCACAGAAUUUGAACUUACUACUCUUUUUCCUCGUGCACAGAAGGAAUGAUUUGGAUUCUUUGCUCAUGCAUUAUACUUUAUCUGUAUGACCACAAUACUUAAAUUAGAAGUUAGUUUUAUGGAGUGGUCUAUCGCAUGACCAAUAAAGUCACAGGUCCCACAAAAUAUAGUGAUUGGCAAUUUGGCAUCAUGGCUUCAGAAUUCUUUCCAUUCAGUUGCAGCACUUUAGUGAGAAAAGAGACAUAGUACAUAGGCAUACGCAUAGCCAUUUUGGCUGGUUCCUGGAUAUGGUUUUUCUUUUCGUCAUCAACUUCUUCACAGCAGUUAGUCUAUACUGGGGAAAACAUCUGAUAGCUGAACUGUCUGCCACACUUUUGGCAAUUUCUCUUCGCCCAUAACCAUGUUCUGUUUGCCAGUGAAAGAAUUGGGCUAUGUUCGUAUUUGUAAAUUUGGAACUUCUUACUUGCUACCAACUAAAGAAAAGGUAAACGAUGGAAAGAAUGCAUUCAUUCAUAAGCCUGGUGAGCAUGAGAUGACAACAUCCGAUCCACCCACUUCUAUCUAACGGUUUAAGAGGCUGCGAUCGGAUGGUACCAGCCUUUGCUUCCAGCCGCUGGGUACGCAUAGUAACCAAACCCGUUUCUGGCGGGAAAAGUUUUGGCUACUGAUUAUUUUUAAAGUUCAAUCUACCCUCUUUGUAUUCCGUUGGCUUAGUUUCUUUUCUUUUCCCACUUUGGCUUACUUUCCUCCUGACAUCCAGGUUUGCUUUGCUGUGAGGAGGAUCUUUUUGCGCCUUUUGGAAUAUGAAGAAAAGGCAGAGAAAGGUGAGGCAGCCAGCAGAUCUAGGACUCCCUAACCAACUAGAUCAUCAGCUGUUCGUUAUUUUCUUAUCCCUGUUCCUGUGAUACUUUCGGCUAGGGAGGUUAGAUGAUUGAAUCUAUAGGUACUGGAAUUGAACAUCAGCUUAUUUAAACAUUUUAAAGUAGAGAUAGUGGUCAGCAGUAUCUUAUUAAAAACUGUGUCGGCAGCCAAUGUGGGAUUGUUAUUAAUGUUGUUCAAUUACUGAGCGUUAUUUACGGCUAGCUGAUCUAAAUAUCUAAUGCUGAAGUCGCUGCUUUUUUGGAAUAUCUAGGAAUUCUCAAUCUCAAAGCUCUGCUGCCUGCGGGUCCAAGUUGUUCAACUAAUUGGACUAAAAGCAAGCAACUAGCCUGUCCCAGCAAAGCAAUAAGUAACGAGAGAGUAUUUCCUUUCCUUCCUCAAUCCUCACUCUCUCUCCCUCUCUAUUGUCACUCUUGUCUUAUAUGAUACUCCAUCUGCCGCAUGUCUUGGCUUUAGCUGAAUUUGGAAAAAAAGUGCAAACCAACAAAAUCCGAAGAAUCUUAAUGUUGAAUAUGUAACCAACCAAUAACAAGAAGAACUGUUACAGAACUAAUUACAUAAUAGACAUAUUAUUGGGAGCACAUACUUAAUUAUCUCUUACUGAAUCAAAUAAAUCACCAAAGAUAAAAAUAAAACACAGUUCUAAAGUAAUGCACUUAAGUUUCCCAAUUAUUAUUCAUUAUUUGGGUUAGUACAGUGUACAAGUUUAUAGCACUUAUUUUAUAUAAUUAUUAAGGUCUAUUGGAGAAGAAUGGGAGGGAUUGUUGAAAGCAUCUUUAACUCAUAACUCUCGCACAGAAACGAAAAGAAACCGACUAAGAGAGGAACUGUACACGACAUAUUUCAUUACACACAAAUAUGUUGAAAAGCUAGCAAACAAGACGAAAGAACAUGAACUGUUUAGCGACAAUAUUUUUCCUCUUGCAUGCAUAUAAUACUCAUUAUUACUCCCACUACCACCUUAAUGCGUAUAUGUACUCAACCAUUGAUUAGCCAUUUGUUGGAAGAAUCCCAUGUUACUUUUAUGUCCUAGGUAUAUCUCCUUGACUCUAUCGGCCACAACAAGAGAUUCUCGGCCGGCACUAUUUUCUUUAGAAUUAUUUAUCAAGUGUCUUCCAUUGUAUUUCUUGUUUGAAAUGCUUACAAGAUUCCCAAGAUAGUUGUUUUUCUUUCUUUCUUAUCACUGUAUAGAUGAAUAGACAGAUGCAUCCAUAUUCCUUACUCGGGCAGUACACAGCCACUCCUAGCUAGCUACAGCAGUCACCUGGUAGCCUUUCCUGCCACCCAUCCAUGCAGCUUCAGUUUCGUCAUAGAAUUUUUCGCCUAGCUCUUCUUUCUUGAAUUCAAUCAUACAUCUAAAUUCCAUUUGAUAAUUUCUAGGGGGAAAGUACAUAAAAAGUUCUGAACUUGGCCAGUAAAUGGUCAGUUUUUUUUUUUUUACAGUUAAUAAAUGCCCAUUUGUGUAUAUAAUAUAACGACCUUUCCAUUUGAUGAUGAUGAUGUGGUCAAGCAAGUGAAGCCUGCUCGUCAGCCAGCCAUCCAGCCAACCCUCGGAUUCACGUGCCCUGGUGACUGGUGAGUAACUCAGUAACAGAAUACGUUUGAUAAAGAAAGAAAAAAUUAGGAAAAAAGAUCAGAUAAGGAAGAAUGAUAAUAUAUAUAGAAUUAGAGAUAGAAGAGGAAACCAACAGGCAAGGUACAAUCAUUAUAAGGAUUCCCUUUUCUCUCUUUCUCUGGCUGCUUGCUACUUUUUCGGCUUCUUUUCCAUAAUUACCAGAAGAUAUACUCUUUCAUUUCACAUGGCUUAUCUCAUUUUUUCGUUUUGAAAGUUAUCUCGCUUCACCAUUUUCACUAUUUAAAUAUAUGUGCACAUAAUCUGGUGAAUGAAACCCACAUUUAUUGUUCAUUGGUAGGUGGGUGUCUUAAGGACUGUGGCAAGGAUCAAGUUGGGAGAAAGAGAGAUGGGUAGGUCUUGGUUUGUUGGAGGGGCUCUGAAUCCUUUCAUUCUCGCUGCUGCUGUGUUUUUGGUGGUGCUUUUGAGCAAUGUGGAAGCCUACCCGGUUGAGGAUCUGGUUGUGAACUUGCCCGGCCAGCCUAAAGUUGGGUUCAGGCAAUUUGCUGGUUAUAUUGAUAUUGACGUCAAGACUGGGAAGAGCCUGUUCUAUUACUUUGUUGAGGCCGAUUCCACUCCUCUAAGCAAGCCACUAAGUCUCUGGCUCAAUGGAGGACCAGGAUGCUCCUCAAUUGGCGGAGGUGCGUUCACAGAAUUGGGUCCCUUUUAUCCAAGGGGUGAUGCCCGCAGCCUUAGAAUAAACAGAAUGUCAUGGAACAGAGCAUCAAAUCUACUCUUUGUUGAAUCCCCUGCGGGAGUAGGAUGGUCUUACUCAAACACCAGUUCUGAUUACAAGACUGGAGAUGCUGCCACUGCAAUGGAUAUGCGCAUAUUCUUGUUGAAUUGGUUGGCAAAGUUCCCAGAGUACAAGUCCUUGCCAUUUUUUCUAACGGGAGAAAGCUAUGCAGGACAUUAUAUCCCUCAAUUGGCUGACCUCCUUCUUGAACACAAUGCACACUCCAAGGGAUUCAAGUUCAACCUCAAGGGAGUUGCAAUUGGGAACCCACUCCUGAACCUGGACCAGGACGCUGGGUCUCCAUACGAGUUCCUCUGGUCGCAUGGCAUGAUGUCUGACGAGCUUCACCAGACAAUCACCAAGGAAUGCGACUUCGACGACUACACUUUUGAGAAUCCCCACAAUGAAUCUGAUAGCUGCAACGAUGCCUUGUCGACGGCGAUGGACAUCGUUGGCAACUACGUGAACAACUAUGAUGUUCUCCUCGAUGUCUGCUAUCCAUCCAUAUUCGAGCAAGAACUGAGACUCAAGAAACUGGCGACCAAGAUUAGCCUCGGGAUUGACGUGUGCAUGUCCAGCGAAAGGAAAAUGUACUUCAACCUUCCUGAAGUACAGAAGGCUCUUCAUGCUAACAGAACCGGCCUUCCUUACCCGUGGUCCAUGUGCAGCUCGGAAUUAGAGUACCAAGAUACUGAUGGUAACAUCGACAUUCUCCCAGUACUCAAAAAGAUCAUUCAAAACGGUAUCCCAGUCUGGAUUUUCAGUGGGGAUCAAGAUUCUGUUGUCCCGUUGAUGGGCUCGCGAACCCUGGUUCGCCAGCUGGCCGAUGAUCUCAAGUUCAAGGUUACAGUUCCAUACUCUACUUGGUUCCACAAAAACCAGGUUGCUGGUUGGGUGACAGAGUACGGGAAUCUGUUGACAUUUGCAACGGUGAGGGGAGCAGCCCAUAUGGUUCCGUAUGCACAGCCAUCAAGAGCUCUGCAUCUCUUCAGCGCCUUCCUUCGCGGGAAAAGGCUCCCUGAUCAUCCCAAAAUCUCCGAAUGACUGAAUAUUUAGAUAUUUUAUACCAUCAUGGUGGAGUCAUGGACUUCUCGGGUUUGGAACCACGAUAUGUUGGUGGUUUUUCAGAGAAGAUAUCGAUGGAUAUUGAUGAAGCGUCGUACUUCGAACUUUUUUGAAGUGUCAACUAACGGUCAAACGAACGAAAAGUUGACGAUUUGGAUAUUCGAUUGUUUUCGAAAAUGUUUUGCUAUUAUAUUGUUUAAAAUGAAAGGUUUGGAUAUUAAAUUGUAUUUAUUUUU